GAGAAUCGCACGAAGGAUUUGUAGGGUCUGCUCGUGCUCGUAUUUGAGAUGAACAGUCGGGCAGUGUUCGUCGUGACACUGGCUGAUUAACAUUCAUUCACGGAUAAGAAGACACGGAAACAAAAGGAGUUUCUUUACGAAAGGAUUAUAAGAUUACGAGAGGAUUAUAAAAUUAUAUAAAAUCUUAUCAGCUGCUUACCAAUUAUAAUCUUAUUUUUAAAAAUUAACGACGUGAAUGUAUUAUGUCUUUUGGUUCUAUGAAACAAACAGAUGUAAUUGUUCGUAAUGAAAUAGUGAAUUAAAGACAGUAUCUUCUUCAGCGUUUAAUUUGAUUUCUACAUAAAGUGAACUACAUCAUAUUCCAUCAUUAUCAAGAAAUUUUUAAUCAGAACGUUUAAUCAGUUUCUCAUAUAAAAAUGAGUGGCAAAAAGGAAUUCAUUACAUGCCGAGAUAUACUAUGGUAUUUCGUUUUUUGCGGAUUUGCUAUUAAUUAUAUGUUAAGGAUCAAUCUGAAUCUCACCAUAGUGACUAUGGUAAUUCCACGACCGAAAACAGCCUCGUCCAUUCAAUGCAUGGAAGAAAAUGUUGUCAAUUUGUGGAAAAAUACAACAUUUAAUGAAAGUAUCGAUACUUCCGUCGAUAUCGAUGAACGAAAGCUGACUUUCGAAAACGCAACAUAUAACGAUCUAUUUGCUUGGAGCGAAUAUGAUCAAGGGCUAGUAUUAGGCGCUUAUUAUUGGCUUCACUGGCUCUCUCAGCUUCCUGGUGGUAUUUUAGCAAGACGUUACGGUACAAAAUUUGUAUUUGGAUGUGCCAAUUUAUUAACAGCUCUUUUAGGCUUUCUCAUACCUUUUGCAACUCGAUAUCAUCUGAACGCUCUCGUGUUUCUCCGAGUUCUUCAGGGUCUUGUUGCGGGUGUCGUUUGGCCUAGCAUGCACGAUAUGACAGCCAAAUGGAUACCGUCGAUUGAAAGAAGUAGAUUUGUCAGUGCCUACUUAGGUAGUUCUGUCGGAGCUGCUAUCACAUAUCCACUUUGCGCAACGGUUUCCAAUGCCUUGGGAUGGGAAGCUGCGUUUUAUGUCACUUCUGUUCUCGGAGUAAUUUGGUACUGCUUCUGGUUCUUUUUCGUGUACGAUUCACCGCAAACACAUCCACGUAUUUCCGACGAAGAAAAAAAUUACAUACUUGAGAAUAUUUCGGGAUCUGUCGAUGAUGAAGAAACGAAGGUACCUUGGAAGUCAAUAUUUAUGUCAGGACCAGUGUGGAUUUCCGUUUUGGCUCAGUGGGGUGGAGCUUGGGGUUUCCUCACCUUAAUGACGCAAGCUCCUACAUACUUUAAUUUCAUUCAUGGAUGGAAUAUUCACGCGACGGGUAUUUUGUCCGGUGCACCUCACAUUUUGAGAAUGAUAUUUUCCUACUUCUAUUCCAUCAUGAGCGACUGGCUUCUACGAACUGAAAGAAUGAGUUUAACGAACGUAAGGAAAUUAGCAACCUUUGUGUGCAAUGGUUUACAAGGUGUAUUUAUAAUCGCAUUAGGCUAUAGCGGUUGUCAUCCUUAUCUCGCUGUGAUUUUUAUGAUGGCUGGUACAGCAGUGAAUGGAGCAGUUUCAGCAUCCACUUUAGCUAGUUUUGUUGAUUUAAGUCCAAAUUAUGCAAGUAUUCUGCUUGGAUUUUGUGGAAUGGUUGUAAUUUGGGCAGGAUUUAUUUCACCCGUCAUCGUUGGUAUACUUACGAACAAUAAUCAAACUGCUGGUCAAUGGCGUAUCGUGUUCCUUAUUGCUGGUGCCAAUGCAAUAGCUGGCUGUUUAAUUUACAUGUUUGGUGGAACAUCCAAGGAGCAACCUUGGAACCAAUAUAAGAAACCAACAGAACAAAAUAAAAAUGAAAUGCAGAAUUUACAAACGAAAAAGAAAGAGAUAAUUAAAUAUGAACAAGAAGCGGAAAGGAUAAGUAAACCGGAAGAAGAAAAGUUAUGUGUUGAUAAGUGACCAUCAGGUAAAAUAUUAAUUUUCAUCUGUAUCUUCUUUAAAAAAUAAUAUCGUAACUUUUUCCAUAAAAUUUGUAAGUCCUGUAAAUACUGUAUAGCGUAAAAAUAAUAUAAUAUCCAUACUUCUACGAGAUCGAAUCAAACGAAAAAUAAGAUAAAAAUCUAGAAUUGCUUCUUAAGUAAUUAUUAAACAAGAAAAAAUUGUCACAUUUUAAUUUUGACUCGUAAAACAGUUUAUUUCACAAAACAGGAAUGGUUCAUGAUACGAAUGUGGUUGUACAUCGAGAAAAAUGUAGUAUUAAUAAAAAUUCGUAUGUUUGUAUGCGCAGUGAGAAUACGCAAACGCACUGUAACUAAAAUUUAUUGCAUAAUUGAUAAUUAUUGAUCUGUAAUAGUUUUUAUCAAAAAGGCGAUACAUAUGAUUAUCGAAGGCGCAUCGAUACUUAGAAUACUGUAUAAUAUAAUUGUUCUCGAUAACGAUAUUUUUGUAUGUUUCAAUACGUAUAAAAGUUUAUCGUUUCGAAUGUAUACGAAUUUUGCAGAAGUAUUAACGUCGAUAUUUUUUUUUUUAAUAAUAUAAGAACCCGUUACUGAAAAAUUCGUACAAUGUUAAAACUUCUGUAAUAAAACAUCUUUACCACAAAUGGAAAGAUUAAAAUUUCCUUGAUUUAAAUUUAAAAUAUCUUUUGUAUAAUAUGAAUACCAUUAAAAGGAAAACUUGUAAAAUAGAAGAAAUAGUAAAAUAUUAUUAGAUACUCAAUAAAUAAUAAAAAGAAAUCAUUUAUAUGAUAAAAAUCUUAUUACUAAACCUCACCCAGGAAUUUCUUAUUACUCUGUAAUAUUAAAAUAUUAACUUAUUAUAUGUGAACGAAUAAUGAAACACAAUAGUGCGACUAGCGUUGAAAGCGCGUUAUAAGAAAAAAUGCAAAUACACUGCGCAGUUGGAAACGCAAAGCUUUUUAUAUUAUUCUUUGUCGUAAAAACUUACGCGGUUAUAAAUGCAUGAAAGUAACUUCUACCAAAGCAAUGAGAAACGCAAAACGUUUACAAGACCUUCUCAUAUUUUAUAAUAUACCACUGUGUAUCGCCAUAAUUGAUUCUUAUAUGAAUAAAUAUAUAUGUCAGACUUCCUAUUAACGCAAUAACGCAAGAAAAAGAAAUAUUUUAAUCAUAAAAUUAAAGUUAGGCCAUACAUAGGAAUCUUUCAUCAGGUAAAUCGAAUUCAUUACUCUAUAAUAUAUAACUCGUCUAUAUAUGUGUAUAUAUAUAUAUAUAUAUAUAUAUAUAUAUAUAUAUAUAUAUCAUAU